UGAGAUGACUUUAAUAAGUGUUGCUUUCACUUUCAAUUUACUGGAAGUCGCUGUUUGAAACAAGCGCUGGCUUGAUCUCAGGCGACAGAUAUGAUCUAUUUCCAAUAAAACAAUGAAUCAGCAGACCCUGAUCAGAGUGAAACGAGCUCUUGAGAAUAACAACUGUGACGUUAUUCUUCUGAAGGAGAUCUCAUGCAGGAGAAGCAUUUGCUCAUCUAAUGGAGAUCAAUCAAAACUUCAGAACGCUUUUAGUGGCAGGUUUUCUCUUUCCAAUUAACCCACUGUUCUUUCCCUUUUGAAACGGUGCCAGAGCCAGCAGCCAAUCGGAGCAGAGAGUCUCUCAGGCUCCGCCCCUCUCUCUCUCUCUCUCUUCAGUCAGACUCUCGUCCUCGAGGAGCAGAAGAGCAGAAACUCCUGAACCCUUCAGAUGAGAGUCCUGAGAGCUUUCCUCCUCAUGAGUGCUGUCGCAGCGUCUGUGAGAGGAGAUGCAAACCUCACAGCAGAGACUCCUCCAGUAAAGACGGUGCUGAAGUCCAGCUUCCAUCUGUAUCACGAGGGCAGUGUGUUUGAGGAGACCUGCGCCGUGGUCCCGUUCCAGUCCGAAACCCUCCACAGAUGUGCCUACAACCGCAGCGACCCGCUGGUGCUGAUUAUACACGGCUGGACGACGAAUGGACGCAUGGAGCCCUGGAUCUUUGAUCUGGCUUCUGCGCUGAAGGUCCGGCUCGAGCGGGUCAAUGUUCUCAUCAGUGAUUGGAGGAAGCUGGCGCUUCAGCCGUAUCCAGUCGCAGCCAAGAACAGCAGACAGGUGGGGAGGGACGUGGCCGCGCUGCUCAAAUGGCUGGAGGAAGUGGCGCAGCUCUGCAUGGAUGACGUCCAUCUGAUCGGCUACAGUCUGGGAGCGCAUGUGGCCGGAUUCGCUGGAAGCCAUUUCAGAGGACUGAGGAAAGUGGGCCGCAUUACUGGUCUGGAUCCGGCCGGGCCACACUUUGAGGGUCUGCCGGCGUUUGACAGACUGUCUCCGGACGACGCUCAGUUCGUGGAUGCUGUCCACACCUUCACCGGCUCCAGCAUCGUGCCGGGCGUGGGAAUAAAGCAGAGCGUCGCUCACGUCGACUUCUACCCCAACGGGGGCUCCUUUCAGCCCGGCUGCAAGAUGCUGGACAUUUACAGCAACGUCUUCCAGUACGGCCUGCAAGGAGUUCCCAAGACCAUUAAAUGCGCCCACGAGCGUGCCGUCAAACUCUUCACCGACUCCCUCAUCAACGCCAGCCAGCCCAUAAUAGGCUACCGUUGCCGUGACGACAGUGCCUUCAGCAGAGGCCUGUGUCUGGACUGCAAGCAGCUGCGCUGUAACACACUGGGCUUCGCUGUGCGGCACGAUCGAUCAGGGAGGAGCGCUAAAGGCCUGUUCCUCAGAACCACACCGCAGCCGCCCUACAGAGGUGUGUGUGUGAGUGUGUGA